AUGCAACAAGAGCCGACUGAGCAGGAGCGUGGUCAUAUGACCAACACACGAGACAAGAACUUUGUCACGACUCACCGCGAGACAAAUACGACUUCAAAACGCCACUCACAGCACACAACACACAUACCCACGCCCUCUACGCCCUGGUUCGAUGAUGACACCACCCUCAAGCGCUUGGGGUUUUCUGCCCUCGACGACAUACUUGCUGCCGCGUGCCCCGACCUCUUUGCCUCUCCGUCAGCCAACGACUCCGGCAACGACGGCAACGACAGCGGUUUGCGAUCCCGCCAACGAGCACGAAUGUCAACACCACGAUCUGACGGCAGCAAUGUUAGUGUUAACGACAGCAGCCACGUUACGCUAGCAUCCACGCAUGCGCACAAGAGCGAGAUGCCUGUGCCCUCUGACCUAUCAAGGAUGUCAAGGCCCAGACGCGACAGUGGAAACACGCUUGGUACUGAUGAUAUAGUCAUCGAUGAGGUGCCUUGUCGGCUGUCAACUCUCAUCACCGAGGGUACUUGCCCACGACCAGUCCACACCCUCCCUCCUGGCUCACCCCUCUCGCUCCUCGUCGACGUGAACAUGUUUGUGGACAUGACAAACGCCACGCGGGCAAGCGCAGCUGCUGAACUUUUGCAGCUCUCGCUCACGGUGCGACCACGCACCUUCACCGUGCACGGCGCCAACUUCACCUUGGGCACCUUGUCCUGGGUAUUGGAGAACGCCAACUGGGAGAGCGUCAGCACCAUAAACGUUCGCGGUGUAGUCACCAACCAUCUGCACCUCAGCAUCUUCAACCCACUCAGCAAUGUGACCACCAUCGCUUUCGCCAACAGCACGAUCGUCCACCUCUCGCAACGCGGUCCCAACGGCAACACGCACCCGCCCUUGGCUCGCGCCGCCCAGCUGACCCACCUCUUCCUCAACAACAGUCACAUUGAGAUUGUGGACCAAGGCACCUUCGCCGGCCUGCAGGCGUUGGAGGUUCUCUCGUUUCACAGUAACCAGCUGACACGUGUGGACAGCAGCCUGUUUGGGCAUCUCCCCAGCAUCCGCACCCUCGAUCUUGCUUUCAACAGCAUCACCACCAUCGCACCCAGGUCAUUCAGCGCCCUGACCACGCUUGAAUUCCUGCGACUGCAGGGCAAUGACGUGGAACAGCUGCCCGAUGACAUGUUCGUGGGCCUCUCACGCCUGCGGCAGCUGGACAUUGGGGGCCUGCCACUCAAAGAACUUCACCCGCACAUCUUGGCGCCUUUACGGCAGCUGCGUUCCAUCCGCAUGCGUUUCCUGCAAGUCACCGCUCUCCCCGCCACCCUCUUCUCCAACAACCGCUUGCUUGAGACUGUCAACAUGGAGCGCGGCCGCGUCCACACCAUCCCCGCCAACACAUUCGCAGGCCUCAACUACCUCGACUUUCUUGAGCUGUCGCAGAAUAACAUCCCCUUCCUUGACGCGGCCUGGUUUGGUGCCGGCGCCCCCAACCUGACGAGACUCUGGCUUGUGCAGAAUGAGCUGACCGGCAUCUCCCCUGAACUCCCAACACUGCUGCCGCGCCUCGACCAUCUGAGCCUACAGCAGAACAUGCUCACCAGCAUCCCUGCCCAGGUGCUACGCGACCACGACAGCCUCCGCAUCAUCGACAUCAGCAACAACAGGCUGCGCUCCCUUCCCGCCGGCAGUUUUGAGCGGCUGCCGCUGUUGAAGCACAUCAGCCUCGCCAGCAACAGGUUAACCACCCUGCCGCCGUUCCCGCUCCUCCCCGGCCUUCAAUCCAUCCGCCUUAACGACAACCGGCUCAGAGAACUGCCCGACCUGCUGCAGUUCCCAUCACUGAGGGAGCUCUACUUCAACAACCACCGUGUGUCACACCUCAACCUCAAUGCCGUCGUGGACCUGACGGAGCUGUGGCGCCUGGAGGUUGCCGCCCACCCAGACAUGCCGCCAGCCACGAUCAAGGUCGCGCCAACUGUCGGCAACAAGUUGGCAACGCCGCUGCGCGUGCUGGAUGUGCGCAACGUGGACGUGCGUGAGGUUGCGCCCCUCUUCUUCGAAAAUUCGCGCGUGCACGUGAAGGCGCUGUACGCUGGCUGGCCGGGCAUGGACGAGACGACCGUGCGAACCGAGGACAUUUGCCGCUUUCUGCGACCGCUUGACACCACAUUGCAGCUGACCAACACUGGGUACAAGCAUCUCAACAUGUGCCCCGAUCACGUGUUUGACGUGCUGCUGCUGCAGAACAACCCGAAGCUGGAGAGCCUGCGUGUGGCAUCGCCCGUGUCGCAGUUCAACGUGUCAGGCUGUACCAAUCUGCACGAGCUGGCGCUGCCAACCGCGGACAUUCUCGACAUCAGCGGCACGCGCUGGGGCAGCGAGGUGGUGGUGGCGAGGAACUGGAAAAGUGACGCGCUCAUGGAAUCGCGCGAGCGUGUGCGUUCGAUGUUGGAACGGUGCUUUGUGUUCAGCAACGUGCUGCUGCUUGAUCUCAGCGACAACUCAUGGCUCGACAAGCCCGAGCUGGUGAAGGACGCCACCCUCGACUUUACCGUCCUCUCGAGCAACGAAGUGCUGACGCGGCAGUUUGUGUCGCUGGACAGCAGGAUCAACAUACCGAUUGUGGAGUUGACGGGCACCCCCAUCUCAUGCCAGCUCGAGCUCACGCAUUUGAAAACGCGUUUGACCUCCAAUCUCUUGCAGCAGGAAUAUCGAUUGGCGUACUACCACGCCUGCGACUGUGCACGCGGGUAUGCCCGCAGCGGCGGCCGUUGCAAGCCCGUGACGCGCGACAUCACAGCAGCGGUGCUGGGCACGCUGGCGGGCGUGUUGGCGUUCCAGGGCCUCUUGUUUGCUGUGUACUGGACGUACAAGCGGCAGCGACGCCUGCAGACGGACAACGCGCUGAAGGAGCAAUUGCUGGCGGAGCGAGACGAGGAGGUGAUGGCGCUGAAGAAGGCGUGGGAGAUUGAGUAUGAUGAGCUGAGAAUGAUCAAGCGUGUGGCUGCAGGCGCGUGUGGUGUGGUGUUCAAGGCACAGUGGGACACGGUUUCGGUGGCGGUGAAGGUGCUGCAGCAAGGGGUGAUGAUGUUUGACGAGAGCACGGUGGUUGAGUUUGAGAAGGAGGUGGAGUUCUUGCAGCGUACAAGGCACCCGCAUGUGGUGCGGUUCUUUGGUGCGGGUACAGACCCCCACGGCAGCCCGUUCCUGGUGCUGGAGUUUGUGGCGAUGGGAUCGCUCAAGGACCUGCUGAGGAGGGAUCUAGAGGACGUGUUGGUGAAGGAGGAGAACGGUUUCAAGCAAGACGAUGCAGAUCAGAGUGUGACUGCAUCUGAUGUCUCGGAGGAGCUGACGCUCGUGAGUACAGCCGUGUCACCUGAGGACAAGGAUGUUUGGGGCCUGAAGUUGCACCUACUGUGUGAUGUCACCAGCGGCAUGGCCUUUAUUCACAGCCUCGGCCAGAUGCACCGCGAUCUGAAGAGCGGCAACGUACUCGUGUCAUCAUCGCUUCGCGCCAAAAUUACGGAUUUUGGAUCCAUCCGCCACCCGCGCACUGGACUGCAAACGAUGACGAGUGUGUCGCUAACAGCUGGUGUGGGCACGCCGCUGUACAUGGCACCAGAGGCACUGACAGGCGACAAGUACAGCUUUGAAGCAGACGUGUUCAGCUUUGGCGUGCUGAUGUGGGAGGUGGCCACACAGCGCGUGCCUGACCUGAUUGAGCAAGAGCUUGGGGCAGAGUAUACUGGGCCGAUCCUCGCCACACUCAGCGGCUUGAUGGCGGACGGGAAGCCAGCCGUUCCCGAGUGGUUCAAGGCAUUGGCAUACAAGUGCAUGACCCAACAACCGGCCCAGCGGCCAUCCUUCAGCGACCUGGAGCAGAAGCUGCAACUCUGA